CCUGACUUUCAGUGGAGCUGCACCAAGCAGGGUGAAAGAAGCUGCAGCAUUCACCAGCAGCCAAGCAGACUGCCUUAAAAAAACCAUUUCCAGGAAUCUGAAAUCGGACUCUCCGUUCCAGAUGGCAGAUAAGCCUAAAUUUUGUCCUUGUGACCUUGGAGACAAGUUUGACUAUCAACCUCUCGGGCAUGAAGUGUCAAUCAAGCAUAUUAAGGCCUACGUGAUGAUGCCCUCUGUUCAGACCGAUGCAGCUGUGAUUGUGAUUCAUGACAUAUUUGGAUGGCAACUCCCAAAUACCAGAUAUAUUGCUGAUUUGAUUGCUUCCAAUGGAUACAUUGCUAUUUGUCCAGACUUUUUUAAAGGACAAGAACCUUGGAAACCAUCUAAUGAUUGGUCUCAAUUAAAUGACUGGCUAAAAACACGAGAUCCCAAGAAUAUAGACAGAGAAACCGAUGUUGUCUUGAAAUAUUUGAAGGAAAUAUGUAAUGUGAAGAAGAUAGGAGUCAUUGGAUUUUGUUGGGGUGGAUCUGCUGUGCAUCAUCUGAUGUUGAAAUAUUGUGUAUUUUCUGCAGGCGUGUCCAUCUAUGGAGUUGUCACUUUAAUGGAGGACAAUUUCAACCUGAAUAGUCCCACAUUUUUCAUUGUUGCAGAAAAGGAUGACUUCAUUCCUCUUGACCAUAUUACUCAGCUAACAAAGAAGCUGGAACAGGAGUGCAAAGUUGAUUUUGAAGUGAAAAUAUAUCCUGGGCAGACUCAUGGCUUUGUCCACCGCAAGAGAGAAGAUAUUAAUCCUCAAGAUAAACCUUACAUUGAAGAAGCAAGGAAAGACAUGCUAUGUUGGCUGUGUAGAUAUAUUCAGCCAUCUGUGUCAUCUGUCAAAAUAUGAUGGGGGGAGGUCAUUAGAGGAAAAAAAAUUAAAAUGUAUCUUUAACACCAAGAUGUAAGCUGUGAUUACUUAAAUGCAUAAUUUUCUCUGCUACAAGCAAAUAUAUAUAUACAUAUACAUAUACGUAUACGUAUACAUAUAUAGCAAUAAGGAGGCUCAGCUUGCUACUUGUAACGAUCUCUUCCCCCAGACCGCAUAUAAUGAUAGGAAUGGAAACGAGGUCCUUUGUUCUGACACGCAAACUUGUUUUAUUCCUUCCCCUCCAGUACCCUGCUGUCAAAUCAGCAGAUAAGCCAAAUACAGUAUGGCAACUUAGGGAAUAUCACCUGACCUGCAGCGUAUACUAAGGUCUCGCCAUAAUUCUCCCAUAUGAGCAGUGCUAGAAGGGAGGACACAUGCUGAAUCCCCAAACUGGGCCCAAAUCCCCAAGAAUUGUUAUGGCUUGAGGAAAUGGGUCUUGGGGCUCUACUGCAAGGCAAUGGCUUAAAUCUGAACAUUUUCAACAUUUUCUUCAGAGCAAGAAGAAAUUGUCAAUAAAACAAAACAGAGCUCUUUAGGUUAUCUAUGAUGUACGGGUUUAAGUCUUUCAUAGACCUUCAAGAUGGAAACUGCAAAAUUGUAUUUUCGAUGUGCCCUAAUAAGUAAAACAAGGCGAUAUUUUUAAUCAAUUUCCUGUGCUGACUCCUUCAUUCAAUAAAGUUUUAAACUAUGA